UCCUAACUGAAGUCGCUUUGCACAGGGCAGCAGUACAGCCUGCUGAGCUGGGGGAGGUGGGAGUGGGGUGAUACACAGCCACAAGGUCAAGUGGUGUGUUACAGCACAGGCUGUGUUACACUUGGCCUGGAUUACUGAAAGAGCUUCUGUGCCAACCCCAAAUCUGCUGAGCAGUACUGUCACACCACGGAUUGCAGGAAAACAGGCACAGGUGGAGAAAUGGAGGCACGAAUACCUUAAUACCUACAUUUUCAGGCUUGCUUGAGUUGCAAAACAGUAGCCCACCUCUUCCAGAGUUUUAACAGUGUGAAAUCUUAUGGAACAGUGCCAGUGCAUUUUGGUACCGGAAUGAUGACUGCUCUAGAAGUAGCUGUCAAGAAUAAGCAAAAUUAUACCAGUGUACACGAGGCAGUGAAAGCUGGUGAUGUGGAACAGCUUGCAACAAUGAUAAAAAGUGGAGCUGGUAUUAAUGAGAUGGAUUUAGCCCACAAAUUCACACCAUUGCACUGUGCUGCACACUCUGGAAGUCUAGAGUGCCUCCACUGGUUGCUCUGGCACGGAGCUGAUACAGCACUCAGAACUGUCGGGGGCUGGACUGCAGCUCACCUUGCGGCUCUCCGAGGUCAGGAUGCUUGCGUGCAGGCUUUGUUAAGAAGUGGAGCAAACCCAGAAGCUCAAGAUGAUCGUGGGUGCACACCAUCACACCUGGCUGCAGCACACGGGCAGUCUUACACCUUGCAAACCCUGCUGCGAAGCGGCGUGGAUGUAAAUGUUUCAGACAGGAAUGACUGGAAGCCUGUUCAUUACGCUGCUUUCCAUGGUCGCUUGGGGUGUUUGCAGCUCCUUGUUAGAUGGGGAGCAUGUAUAGAUGAUGUGGAUAACAAUGGAAACCUUCCAGCUCAUCUAGCAGCUGUGGAAGGACACUUGCAUUGCUUUAAGUUCUUGGUCAGUAAAAUGGCCAGUGUCAUGCACACACUGAAAGCCAGGAAUGACCAUGGAGAGACUCCAAGGGACUUGGCUCAACGAUUCUAUAAAGAUAAUAUUUUGCAAUAUAUUGAUGGUCUGGAAAAAGAGGAGGAGCAUCCAAAGGCACAGGAAGUUUUGGCUUUCCCAGCCCAUGCUGCUGCUUUCAAAGGGGACUUAUUAGUGCUUAGAAGAUUAGUGAGAAGUGGAGUAAUCAAUAUUAAUGAGCGGGAUGAUAAGGGAUCCACUCUCAUGCACAAAGCUGCUGGACAGGGUCAUAUCCAUUGCCUACAGUGGUUGAUUGAAAUGGGAGCCAACUGUGACAUUACAAAUGAUGCUGGAGAGACUCCAAAGGAUGUAGCCAAGAGAUUUGCCCAGCUGGCAGCUGUGGAGCUUUUGACACAAAGAACUGGAGACAGUAACUCUAGUGAUGAAGAACUAGAUGCAAACAACAUCCAGUUUUUUGAAAGACAUGGUGUGGAAGGGAGUACAGAUAGCAAAGAAGAUUUAACCCUGGGUAAAGCAGAGAAGAGGAACGCACGCAUACGGGCCUAUCACAAGAUUCAAGAACUUCAGCAACUUCUUGAAAUUGCCUACAGCAACUACAGACAGCUGGGAGGAAUAACUGAAGAGGAGAAGAAGAUGAAAAAAGAAGAAAGGGAAGCUGAGAAGACUGUGAAGCAGCUGGAGGCCCAGCUGGAACAUGAGCGAGUCAGGCGGGAGAAGCUGGAGAGCCAGCUGGAUGGCUGCCGUGCGGAGAUAAACCGUCUCAGAGAGAGCCUGGAGAAAACCCGUGUCCCCUCUGCUCUGCCUCUGGAAGCUGAGACCAUCACCAAGUCUUGCAAAGAGAAAAAGAAAGUGACGAAGAAACCAGCCUGCAGCCCUGGAGGGGUGUGUGUGAGACUGCGCUGAGGAGUGAACCUCCCACAGGAGGCAGGCAGACUGAGGAGGCAGAAUGGCAACAUUCCAGACAAUGCCAAGUGUUUGCAUAGCCAGCUCCACAGAUGAGUUGUGGUUCUGUGUAUUUUGUUCAAACUAUUUUUUUAGUUCUCUGGGAUAGAAAAUAUUUUUAAGAGCAGAAGCUUUUUUUUGAUUUAAAAAAAAAAGGCAGAAGGGCUUUUCUUCCUGUCCAGGUAGUAGUUUAGCAAGUUUUACAGAUUAUCAUCCCUACAUAAGCCAGCAAGUGAUUCCUUCCUGAGGUGCCAGAUGAACUG